AGUUACACAACAGGCUUACCAAAAGUAACUAAUAGAUCAAUCAGUUUCAGAAUCUAGUCUUUAGCAACAAUGCAGCAGCUUGUCAGCAAGCGCGGUGUCUCAGCCGCACCUAUGCGGCGCUCGGCAUCCAGCAAGCUAAUUGUGCAAGCGUCUGUUUCCGCCGAGACCCCGGCCUUCAAGCUGCCGGCCAAGGCUCCCCUUCCCAAGGACGCUGAGGGCGUCAAGGCCUUCAUCGCCAAGUCCCACGAGAUGCACGGCCAGGGCCGCUGCAUGUACUUCAGCCUGACGGGCGCCGGCAGGCGGGCCACUGCCGGCACCUACCUGGCGCACGCAGAUCCGGUGGACUGGAACGUCAUGUCCACCGCCUCUAUGGACUCCUACAACAUCUUCAGCUAAAGCAGUUGCCAAGCAGGUUUCUGGGGCCGGUGUUGAUUUGCAACAGCGCUGGUGCUGCUGGACUGUUGCAGCCAAAUGGCUGCAACAGCCCUGUGUGUCGGAAGUGCCGCUUCACAACUGCUAUACACGCCUGGGGUAACGCCGUUGGUUUGGGGAUGGUGAGGGCUGUGCUGGAGGGAGCUGUGGGGGCGCUUGUGUGUUAGGGCGUGACUUCGGCUAAGAGUACAGACCUGCUGGCUUUUUUGGUGCGGCUAUGUGCUGCAUGCGGCAACGCGUGAGGGCAUUGUGCAGCACUGUUUACCUCUUUUGGCUUCGUAGCUAGCGCGAAUGCUCGUAGACGAGGAUGGCCGGGUGGCCUCGGGCCGUUGUGUGGGUGAAUGGGUAAGCAGCGGUGCUAACGCGGGUGUCUUUUUGUCAGUCCUGGCCAUCCUUCGAACAGCUAUGCGGUUAUAAUUAGCUUCCUCCCAAGUGCUCGUUAUCAGGCAUAAGGAGUCGGCUAAGCGGUAGUGAACCUGAAGAAUCUGGUCUUUACCGAUGCGUCGUUGCUGGUGAGGGGUGCGUCAUGGCCCCCCAGUUGCUACACGCUCGAUGAGGACACAUGAGUUUGUGAUGAUGUCUCGAGUUUGCAACAAGCAGAGCAGGUUGUGCGUCUCAAUGUGCACGAAGAAUGGUGUCUUACCACCCAUAUUAGCGUGUUGUUGGUUGCUGACGUGGUGGGUUGGGCGGUUACGGAUGGUGGUUUCUACCCGGCUACCGUAUCUGACCCCCCCGCUGCAUCCGGCUGCGUGUUACAGAAGCAAUGCGUUUAAGUAAACCAUGUGCAGCACAACGGAAUGUAACGCUGCAUACGUCGUCUA